AUGUCUCAGACCGUGGUGGAGAGCGCCAGCUACGUCCCGGACACCUACCAUCAGGAGGAGGUACCGGCAGGAUGCGUGGAAGGGCAUAUUGGAGUCGACCAGCUUCGGAAAGCCAUACCGAAGCAUUGCUUCCAGCCGUCGCUCAUUCGAUCGCUGGCCUACGUCGUCCAAGAUGUCGCCCUCCUGGCCGCUCCGCUUGCGGCCACUCUGUAUCUCGAAAGGCAGAUUGACCAUCCGACAUACAAGUUCCUCCUCUGUGCCGUUCUCUAUCCGUUCGUGGUUGGAAUCCCCGGCAUGGGCCUCUGGGUCCUCGGACAUGAGGCCGGCCACGGCGCGUUUUGCAGCAACCGCAUCCUGGGCGACGCCAUCGGCUUCCUCAUCCACUCGUUCCUCAUGUCGCCGUUCUUCAGCUGGCGGUCCACCCACUCACGGCAUCACAUCUACACCAACCAUCUGGCCAAGGACCACAUCUACGUGCCGCCGAAAAAGGACGACUACAAGGAGAUGAUCAAGGGCAAGGUGUCGGUGGAGGAGAUUACAGAGGACGCACCGAUCGUCCUUGUCCUGCGACUCAUCGUUCAGCAGGUCUGCGGAUGGCCCACGUAUUUGUUCACACACAUUAGCUCUGGGGACAAGGCCGCGCUGAGGCCUUCUACCUGGUGGUGGAGCAACAGCCACUUUGAUCCGUGGGGCACGCUGUUCCGAGCCGAUGAGUUCUGGUCGGUCGUCGCCUCGGACGUGGGCCUGCUCGGCAUGUGCUUCCUCCUGUACAAGCUGGCCGGCAUGUACGGCUGGUGGACGGUGACGUGGGCAUACAUCCUGCCUCUGAUGUGGGUGAACCACUACAUCGUCAUCAUCACCUAUCUCCACCAUACGCAUCCGGACCUGCCCAAGUUCGCCGAGGGCUCCUGGACCUACCUCCGCGGCGCCCUCAGCACCGUCGACCGCGACCCGGGCUUCGUGCUCCGGCACCUCAUGCACCACAUCGUCGACUUGCACGUCGUCCACCACCUGUUUCCAAAGAUCCCUCACUACCACGCCCAGGAGGCCACCGAUGCCAUCCGCCCGCUGCUGGGCAAGUACUACCACCAGGACAACGGCCCCUGGUACGGUGCGCUCUACGAGAACUUUAGGGAUUGCCGGUGGGUUGAGACUGACGCCAAUGUGCCGGCGAUGGAACGGAUACCCAAGGGUCGGGCUGCACAAGCCAAUGGCAACAGUGAGGCCACGGAGGGCAUUUAUUGGUACCGACCGGGCAACUCGAAGCGGCGGUGA